CUCCAUUCUCAAAUUUCUUGCUUGCGGGGUAUCGUGCUUCGGAAUCAAUGACGCGUUCAUUGCGUGGAGCUCUGGUCACAUUAACGCUUCUGCUGGUGAAAGCUGAUUGGGGCCAUGGGGAUUCGGUGUCGUACUGUACCUAAUUAGAAACGCAUCCAAUAUCUGCUGCGUGGUUAUUAACACAGAAUGGGGUGCAUUUGUAGAAUGUGACGAAGUUGAGAAUUUGCGUACAUCCUUUGACAAAUCAUUUGACGCGGAGAGCUUGCAUCCGGGAAAGCGAGUGUUUGAGAAGAUGGUUUCGGAAAUGUACGUGGGUGAAAUAGUGAUGCACGUACUGGUGUACUUGGUCCAACAACAUUUGCAUUUUCGAGGUCAGAUUCGUGACAAACUGCUCCUUAAUGAUGCCGUAUUGACAAAGUAUUUAAUCGGAACUGAAUGGAACCCUCCUCAUAUGUACUACAGCACCAACUAUAUGCUUCUCGAAGAUUUAUUGGUGCCAAUUGUCGAACCGAUAGACAGCAAAAUAGUGCAUUGUUUGCGAAAUCGUUUCCAAACGCGCCGCAUAUCUAGCUGGUGCCGUCAUUGCCUGUUUAUUGCGUCCAAUUGGGAGGUCCGGUCACCGUUGGCAUCCAUAGGUCGUUGUACAAAUCCCACCUCCAUCGCUAGAAAUCUGUUGUGGUUUCCACUGACUGGACGAAUAGCCUACCAGAAUCUGUUGUGCAGCCUCCAACCGGUUCAACCCGCAACGAAAUGAGAACGCCAAGAUCAACCAGACUGAGGGAUUCGUAGUGUUUGAGAGCAUAGCGCAAUAAAUAGCUUGAAGGCAACUACUAACACAACGCUAUUGGAAAU